AUGUCUAAUUAUUCUUGCUAAUUUUGCUACAAGAGAACAACUCUAGGAUAUAUCAAAAACUAUUUCCCUUGUGAAAUCAAUCUGCAUAAAAUGAUUAGACACACUCUCUAUCAUAAAUACGCCACUUCAUAAAACUACUAUUAUACCAAAGAUAUUAAUGAAAUAUUAUCCAAAACUUCCACUGCCAGAACUAUUCUAUAUCAUGAUUAUCUAUGUUAUGAUGAAGAAGAUGAAUAUAUUAAAAGAUUUUAUGAAAUGCAUGAAUAUCCUCCCAAAUCAAAACUGCUUACAGAAUUCUACAAAUUUCAUAAAGAUUUACCAAGAUGGGUAUUGAAACAUCCCAUACUCAAAAUUCUCAAUUAUUAUUAUGAUAAACGAAGGAAAAUUGAAUUUUACAAAAUUUAAAGAUAAAUUGAAAUUGAAAAUUAAAUGAACCCAACUGAUCCACCCAAAGGAAUAGUAGGUGAUAAACCUUUACUAAGCGAUUCCACACCGUAAUCUGAGAAUUCUGAACCAUAAUCCAAAGUUAAUGUUGAUAACAUUCUCAAAGAAAUCAGUUUCUCUAAUAAGAAACCUCAACCCUCCUAAGAAAUUAGUCGCAUAUUAUAAGUCCCUGAAUCUCCUCCUAUGGGUGAAAUACAAUAAAUGAUAAGUUUGCUAAACCUAAAAUCAGAUUCUCCAAAUCAAAAACAGCAAUACUAAUGGUUUAAAAAGAAGAAGACUCAGAGCAAGAAAUCUCUUAAAUUGGAUGAACUUGCCUUGUCUUUGUCUGCCAGAACUCACUAAAAUCCUUAAGAAGCAAAAAUGCCCUUAUCGGCCAGAUAUCAAUAAUCUUAUUCCAAUAGAUUGAUUGACUAAAUCUAAACUAAACUUUAAAAUAAACACUCUUAAACCAUCUCAAGAGACAAAAUUAUUGAUUUCAAAUAAAAUAAAGAAUAAUUCAUUAAAAAAUUUAAAUUAGAAGAGAGGAAUAAAAAAAGUAAUUCACCCAAAAAAAAUGAUCAAAAUAAAGCAAUUCAGGAAAUCAAAUAACUUGAAAUGAAAAUAAUUAAAAGUCUCCAAGAAAUGAAGAAUAUCAAAAGCAAUAAUCUAUCAAGUCAUGAAUCGAAACAAACACCCACUUAAAAUCAAAAUAAUAGUAAUUAAGUACUCUCUUUGGAUCAAAAAGCCUUGUAUUAGAUACUCAAAAUUCCUGAUUCGUUUAGACAAUUAAAUUUUAACAAACUUCAAAACAAAACAAAUCCCAAAAGAUCUCAAGAUUAGAAUCAACGUUAACAAAAAAACAACAAUUCCUCGCAACAUUAGAAACAUGUGUAAAUAUUGGAUAUGAAAAAACUAAUAUCCAACAAAAAGGAUAUCGCUCCAAAGACAGAGAGAGUAAAAAAGACUAUUCCUUCUCUAAACUUAAAUCUUAUUGGAACCAUAAAUUAAUCAACGUCAAUGACUACUAGAAACAAUAGCUUUACUCCAAGUUUAGCCUAUGCUCAAUUAUUAACACCUAAAUAAAAUUAAACCAAUAUAUAUAAUGAAAAUAUUAUUAAUAAUUGGCAACAGUAAAAUACUCACAAUGUUGCGAUUAGGGAAAACAAUAUGUAAAAAUGA